CCAAAUUAUUGUUAUCUGUUUUAGAGUCAGAAGAAAGUAGAAAUCAUCUGUUUUGACAUAAUAACAUCAUUGUUUAAUUAUCGAUAAAAACAACUGUGCGUUCUUUUUAUUGAGUAGACACAGUCUGCUGUUUUCCUUAGAACAAGGAUCCCUGUUAGUCUACCAUGACAACAAAGUCAACAGGAAAUGAAUUUAAUAUAGGAGUUAAGUUUGGUAAUGCAGCUGUUGCUGGUAUUACUGGUGUUACAAUAAACUUUCCAGUAGAUCUGUGUAAAACUAGACUUCAGAAUGCAGAAACAGGGCCAAAUGGGGAGAAAAUUUACAAAAGCUUGUUGGAUUGUGCAAAGAAGACUUAUAGAGCCGAAGGAUUCUUUGGAAUGUACAGGGGAUGGGCAGUUAAUACACUUCUAAUUACUCCAGAGAAAUGCAUUAAGUUGGGUUUGAAUGACCUGUUCUGCCAUCAUUUUGGAGGUAAAGAUGGUAGUCUACAAUGGUAUGGCCGUUUGAGUGCUGGUGGACUGGCUGGUGCCUGUCAGAUUGUAGUUACUACACCCAUGGAAUUGUUAAAGAUACAACUUCAAGAUGCUGGCAGGAGUGGAGUAACAUUAAAUGCAGAUGGUACAGUGGUCAAGAAGACUGCAUUGGGAAUCAGUAAACAGUUGUAUGCUGAGCGUGGAUUCUUGGGACUUUAUAAAGGCUUUAGACCUACCUUCUUGAGAGAUGUUAUAUUUUCAACUGUUUACUUCCCCUUAGUUGCUUAUUUAAAUGAUUGGAUCAUCAAGAUGUUGGGACACAAAGAAAAUGAAAAAAAGAUUUAUGUUAGUUUUGCAUCAGCAUUUAUAUCUGGAGCUGUUGCUUCUGUCUCAGUCAACCCAUUUGAUGUUGUGAAGACAAGAUUACAGACACUUCAAAAAGGAAAGAAUGAAAAAACUUAUGCUGGUAUAACAGAUUGUUUUAGGAAAAUAUACAUGACAGAGGGAUGGACAGCUUUCUACAAGGGAGGUACAAGUAGGAUUAUAGCUAUUGCCAUUUUGUUUGGUGUAGCACAGACUGUCUAUUGGCUGGAACCAGUAGAGCAUACGAUAAAACUCUAUGCCAAGUACAAAUCUUGACCUUCAAGUGAAAACAUUUAGGCACAAUUCUACUUCAAAAUUUUAUAAUUUAUUUCUUAGUGCAGUAAGGAAACAAAAAAAAAGUGUGUAUUGUACAAAAAAGAUGUAUUUAUCUUUAUAAGGUCUGAUUAUAUUUUUUUUGUAGAAUUGAAGUUUAAUAUAGAUUUUUUAGAAAUUUUUAAAAGAAAUUGUGUGUGAUUUUAGAAGACUUUUCAAUUAGUUUAAUGUGAAAAAAUAACAAAAGGGUCUAUAGCUUAAAGUGAUUAUCAAUUUUAUAUUGUAAGAAUGUUUUGUAUUAGCUUACCUUGCCCAGAUGUACAAUGUGAGCUUUUGCCUUUUUUUUGCAUCCAUCAUUUGUAUUCUAUCCAUUUUUUUUCUAAUUCUAGACCUUUCCAACCACUUUGCCUCUGAGGACCAUUGUAUGACCAGGGGUCUAUUUUAAAAACAAAAUGUCCUUUUUUACUAGAAAUUAAUCAUGUGGAUAAAUUCAACACUUUCCCUAAGGUUUUUUUUUUCUAGUCUUGUAAAUGUUACUAUGGGCAAAAGAAACCUUUGUCGUCUGCUUUAAUUAUAAAUGAUUUUUCAAGCUCGCAUCAAAUUUUCUUAUCGCCACUACUAGGAUCUGAAACAGGUAAAACCGUAUUCUUUAAAGGCUAAAGUAGUAGGUACACGUCAGUUUUGAGUUUUAUUCAAUCUGACCCAACUGAAACCUCAUUGUUGCCUUUGGACUUAAAAAAUUCAUGAAAUUUGCAGAUUUCUGCUUCUGUUCAGUGCUUUUUAUGGAUAUAGUUCAUUUCUUAAAGGUGUUGUUAGAAAUUACAGUUUAGAAAUCAAUUUCUUUCAAUUUACUUUUGGAAAAAAAAACCUCCUGACCCUUAGAACAGAUGUGAAACAAAUAUUUACUGAGUGAACAAAUAUUUACCAAACAGAGGCUGAAAAAGGAUUUUAUUGCAUUUUGAACUGUCAUAGUUGAAAUUUCAUUCCAUGUAGUCAUUUCAAAUGUCCUAUAAAUGCCAAAGCACCAUGUUCUUUUUUAAAUCAGUGUAAAACCUAAGUACUAGAUGUGGGAUACAGUCUCCAUGUAGUCUCUAGUGGAUUUGCCAAGAUAUUUAUAUAAGAGUUUAUGAUGCUAUAAAUAAAAACCAAAUCAAAUCUAUUAGACAGUUGGUUUUCCCGUUUAAAUGGUUUUAUACUAGUAAUUUUUGGGGCCCUUUAUAGCUUGCUGUUCGGUGUGAGCCAAGGCUCCGUGUUGAAGACUGUACUUUGACCUAUAAUGGUUUACUUUUAUAAAUUGUGACUUGGAUGGAGAGUUGUCUCAUUGGCACUCAUACCACAUCUUCUUAUAUCUAUAAAUCUUAAAAUAAACUAUAUGUCUCUUCUGCUCCUCCAAUUUUUUUUUAACCUUUUGGACAUAUUAACUUUAUUAAAAAGGGUAAAUUCUGUCUGUUUUUUCAUAACUUAAGUUAAAAUUGUGUCAGGUCUCCCUUUAUGGACUGUUGUCAUAUGACAAUGAUAUUUAAAAAAUAAAAUACAUCUUAAAAAAUCUUUAACCACCCCAAAAAAUAAACAAGAACAUGACAAGAUCUGACAAAUAGUAAACUUCUUUUGACUGAUUCUGGCUAUGUUAGAUUUCUACAGAACUUCUGCUGUCGGAAAUAAGGGGCAAUGAUUACAUUUUUAAAAGGGAGUUAACUCUAGAUUUUUUUUAGUUCCCUUUCCCAUACAUUCCAGUAUUAAGUUGUCCUUACUGCUUGCAUUUUACAUAUUUACAGAAUGUGAUAAAUAGUUGAUAUUAUUGUUAUUAUUAAUACUUUUUAAACUCUACUGAAAGAUUAGUCCAUUGUAUGGCAUUAUGAAAAAUAUGCAGUUCUAUACACUAUUUAAUUUGUGAAGCUAGUCUCAAAGGAAUAAAAUCCUCAUAUUUGAAACCAGAGUUUUGUUUUUAUUUCAUAAAGGUUCAUAACACAUAUACAUAUGCUUUCUGUUUUGUUUAUAAUGUUUGUUUAAUAUUGAUAGUGUUAUGAUUGAUUCUUUUUUUAAAUCUUGAAAAUUAAAAUUAAAUCCUGUGCCAUAAAGAAGUUAUAACUCAUAAAUUUAGUCAAAUGAGUUGUGCCUUGUAAAACUUAUUAUUAUGAUGUCAAAUUACAUGUGUUGAUUUAUUGUGAUAUGUUGACAACAACCAUGUAAUACCAAUUGUAUUGAAAUCAUAGAAUCAGAGGUUAUUGGAAAUGAUUAUCAAAUGUAUUGUUUGGUCUACAGGCUUUUCCAUUAAAACAUACAUACUACCCGGGAAGGCACUUUAAAAAUGGGGUACCACCUAUAGAGGCAAAUUAAAAUUUUAACUUACAUUUUCGCUCUGGAAAAAACAUAGAUGACACUCACCCAUAGUUGAGAAAAAAGUAAAUAACAAAAAUACCGAACUCCAAGGAAAAUUCAAAACGGAAAGUCCUUUAUCAAAUGGCAAAAAAACAUUCGGAAGUGCCUUCCCUUGGUCCCAUGUAUGUUUUUAUGGAACAGCCCUAAUUAUAUAUUGCUGACUAUUUAUCAGUAGAUCAGGAGCAGCCCUAAUUAUAUAUUGCUGACUAUUUAUCAGUAGAUCAGGAGCAGCCCUAAUUAUAUAUUGAUGACUAUUUAUCAGUAGAUCAGGAGCAGCCCUAAUUAUAUAUUGCUGACUAUUUAUCAGUAGAUCAGGAGCAGCCC